AGUGCAUUUACUUGGAUUAUCAUGAGACUAAGAAUUUAAAGGUAAAUUAGUCAAGGUUAGGGUAUGGACUCUGAGGUUUAUAAAACGCCGCCGAAAGCAAUAACUAUGUGAUAUUAUAAACAUAAAAAACAUUGGUAAUAGGAUCUUGACUUUAAUUUUUUUAAUCAUCUGAGCUCCUUUUCGGUUUAUUCAUACCUAAUUGACGUUUGUCGACCAAAGUGAAGGUUUUUAUUUUAAGGUUUUAACAAAUACUGAAAAAAAAUCUUGAAUCGUGAUUUGACUUUGACUUUGGCAAAGAGUCAAGUAGAGUUCAAAAUAGAAGAGCCAGCUCCAGUCAAACUGAGUGAGAUAGGGAAGCAACCACACCAUUUCAGACUGUCUCAUACAACCACUUGCACAACGUGGCAUUUUGCCAGUGUCCAUGAUGAUGUCAGCAAAAGCUUUAAACCGUUCGACCAUGGUACUAUCCAGACCUAAAGCUUGAAUUAGAGCUGAAGCUUUUGUUUCAUUAUAUUUCCGCGAUUAAAAUAUGCCUACUUCCUUGACUCUCCGUGAAUUUAUUUUUGGACAUGUGAUUUAUAAAGUGGCUAACGUUCAGAAAUAGCAGGAUCACUGUUUUUCUUAUCAUGCUAACUUCCCUCCAACUCUUAAUCUAAUCUCAGUGCUAAGGAAAUCCUGUUUUAGACGUAUUAUAAGUUCGGACAACGGAGCAAGCUCAGCCUACUUGUCAUGAUUACGAACUUUGUCUUUGAGCGUUAUAAAAAUUAAAGUUCACCAGACACAGUCGUUAAGAUAAGAAUAUUCUUGACGAAAGUAGGACAAUUUUCGCAUGAAAACAAAAUGGGGAGAGGCGUACCACCAAUGAGGCUCCAAAUCGGAUAGGAGUUACGAAUAUGUACAACGGAAGGUAUCGUGUGUGAUAAGCCUGAAGUAAUCAACUCAAGGUAUGGGCUCCAUCUGUUUUUGUCACGUACGACCGUAAAAGCUGCGAUACUCCCAGUUGUGGGUAACAAUGCUGUAUGGCAUUUCGAAUUUACACCCACGCGAGAGUCAAAUCUUUCAACCUGUCUACUUCCGAUAACCCUUGCCAGAUGCGAAAAAAACCGUUGUUUUCACAAAACUCUUAUAAGCUUGUCAAGGAACUUAGGAAAUAUCUUAAUAAAGUAUCAAAACUGUCUCAUGAUUUUGGCCUGCACUUUAAGUAAUCGUUUCGGAACCGGGAAUCUAAUUUAGAUGAUGACUCAUAUUUCAGUAUGAUUGGUGGAAAGGCCUUUUAGCACUGCCUUAGAUGAAUCAUCACUAGCUGUUGUCAUCUAUGGAUAAGCAUGCGUUAUUGAAUUGUGUUGCUCAGCGUUAUAGGUUGGAGGGAACAAGAAGUGUGAAAAACACGAGGUGUCGGAGGUAUAGCUUUUACUUACCGUACAUUUGUAUAGCAUCUAUAAUUUAAAGACAGAUGAAAUCUACUCGGUGAAGUGAUUAUAGUUAGCUACAGAACUUGAAGUUCAUUGUCAUGACAUCAGUGAAGGACUGAGCAUGUUUAUAAAUUCAAGACUGAAAGCCCACCGUACAGGCCCUCGCACAGGUACAUACAAGUAACUGGCACCGAAUAAUUUGAGCCUUAUGUGACUCAAAACGAUUUUUCAAAGUUUUUCUGCCGAUGGAAAAAUAUCUUUAUUUCAGUUCAAGUUAUGAAGAAAAUUAAGCUCUCAAAAUCACAAAAUGCUCAUAGGUUUAAGCGUAAUUAAGUGUUCCGGAUGUGGCUGCGUAUUCUGGAUGAUGUGGGGAUUAAUAUCAACCCAGACCGUGGUAAAAGUAUUUUCGAAUUGACGCGUACUUUAUGAAACAAGUACGUCGAAGCUCCUUCUAGUAAAGAAAAAUCCCGGUUUAUAUAUAUACUUAUCUUUUAAUCAACACUGGUUAAAAAUAUGUCUGUAUUCAUUAAGUUGCCGAUUACUUCUCAUCGUCGGAAUUACUUGAUAAGCUAUUCAAAGAUCCUAAUCAAAAAUAUAAAUCCGCCACUUGUACCAGGUCACGCUAUUUUGUUUAAAUCAGGUCAGUUUUAGACGCAAAAAUAAAGAUUUACCUCAAAGAUAAGGCGGGUGACAGGAACGAAUACAUUAGAAACCCUACUUUGGUAGGUCAGAUAACAAAUCAAAGCCAGUUUGUAUGGCAGCUAUGCUCAUAAAAAGACGCAGAGUCACAAGUCGCACCUAAUCAUCUGAAUUUUUUUACUUUUCUUUGCAUGCGGUAAAUGUCGGAAAUAUCCACCGUCAGUUGUAAGAGCUUAUUCUCCUAGCGUUACCCACGUGGAGUUUCCUAGAAAUACGCGACAAAUGAAAACUGGAGGUAGAACUGUAAACACGUUUGGGUCAUUCCAUCAUGUCAUUUUUGCGGUGCAUUUUCUCUUUCGCCUUCGCUUGGGAAGAAAGCAUAAAAGUUUUAAAAAAAAAUCUGCAAGUCAGUAGUUGAUGUAUUCAGACAAUCUCAAGAUGCUGAACGUUCAAAGCGGUGAGGCCAAAUUGGCGCCCAAAUUUUACAGGAAAACCUCUUUUAUCGAUUAAGUGCCCAACCAAUUGAUAUUACUUCCUUACUAAAUCUGCAUCUCCGGUCUAGUUUCGCAUGGCGGUUUGAUCCUAAUACAUCAAAAUUUGCAUUACAAGGACAAUAUUAUUCCUCUGGUAGGAUGAGGAAGUACCGCCUUCAACAGAAAUCUUGUUUUCACAGCUCAGCAAUCAACUUAGGACGUCCAACCCACAUACUUGAAUUGUUUAUUCAGGAACGCUAGAAACUGGAAUUUUGCAUUUCGUGAGGUACAAAAUGAAAAAAGCUUGAUAUGCGUGAAUGGCCAUAGCAUGGAACGAUAGGAAUUCACCUUGGAGACGCAAAACGAUAACCCGAAGUAAAUAGUUCCUAAAAGAGGGCUGUUAAGAUCACGCAUUCGUGUGUUAUUCUUUAAUACGAUUAUCACGUACAUUGUACAAGAUUAUGGUUAGCUUCACGCUUAGUACAAAGGCGAAACCAUGAUAGUUGAUAAUUCAGUGAUUCGCGCGUCAAUUUAAGUUCUUUUAUAUCUCCUAAAUUCAAUUUGAAAGGUUUUAAAAGAACAAAGCACCCUCUUUUUUUUAAAGCUAAGACGACCAAAUGCGAGUGCCGCGAGAAAAAGAAUUAACGUACGUCAUUCAAAUUUCGUUUGGUUUUGCUCAACUUCAAGAAAAGUUCGACUGCAAAUGCAUGAAUCAGUUCAUGGCUACCUACGUGAUUACCUCUGUUUUGAUAGUUCUGGCACGUGCGACCAACUGUUUGGAUAAAAAUUGAGGAAGAGUGCAAGCUCAUUUCCGUUGGUUUAACUACAAAAAAAGAUCACGUAAAAAAACUGAGGCAGCUCGCCCUGAGCUUUUGGAGUCUUAUGUCAGUAGGCAUUAUGACGUCAGAGUGACAUGGCUAGCGCCCGCAGUCGCCGAGGGCUUUUGAAAGAAAGUCUGGAUGAGGCAAACAGAAUUUGUUUUAGAAUUCCGGGUAUUCCCAUACCAUUUGUUAAAGUAGCUGCUUAGUUUAGUUUCCUUUUUAACUCCAAUGGGAGUUAACAAGCCCCCCCCCUCCCCACAAACAUACACACACACACACCCCACUUGAAAACGCAGUGCCAGACCAACAACUGAUGAUACUUUCCCGUAUCAUUCUUUUCUGUUUUAGAUUAUUGAGACUUAUUUCAGUGAACACGUAAUUUUCUAUGCAGAAAUUCUUCUUACCAUGUGUGAUUUGAAUUUAUCUGAGUAUUUUAGGACGUAAUCUCUGAAUUGCAGGUGCCUUUUCGGCAACACUUAACAUACCUGCCUGUGCUCUGUUGUUUCUAAUUAGGGAUCCUGAGCCUCUUACCAUUGCUGAGACCGCUAAACAAAAACAUGGUUUAUUCUUUGGCUUUGCAUUUGUGUGUUAUGCUUUCCAAGUGAGGAAGACGAUCUGCUUAUUCAAUAGCUAAAUAUGCAUUUCUUGUUAGAAAGAUCACGAAGGUAAUGAGUCACGAUGUCCGAUGAUGUCGUCACGUAAACACUCAAUGUCUCGCACGUGUGAUAAUAUUCAACAUUAUUAGCCUACGAUAAGCUAUCCGUAGAUAAAUCCUUUGAGUACCAAUUGCUUGUUGUACAUUAAUUGUUGUACAUUAAUUGUUGUAAAUUAAUUGUAAUGUUCAUCAAGUGUGUUCUUCCUCGACAAAUUGCAUAUGACAAUCACAAGCAGCGGUGAACUGAAAGGUUUUAACACCUUAAAACGUUUUCCACCUUUACGGUCGAGAGCCAAGGGGGCUUUUCAGGUACUUAUUUUAUAUUGGCAUUUUGAUAUCGAAGCAUAUUCUGUCGACAAAGGUCGUACUCAAGAACCCUAAACUUCUCUCUUAGUCAAUACUGUUUGGUUAGUUAGAACGUUCUGAUGGAAACAAAAUCAUUAAAACAAACAUCAACUGAAAUCGUUUACCUGAGAAACCCUACGCCUGAGGCUAUAAAUCAUACCCUCGGAUCAGAAUUGACACUGCAGGUCACAUUGGGUGACCCAAUCUUACUUAAGAGCUACGUGCUUGUGGUGUUUCCGGACAUAUACAGAAAUUUUUGCCCGGAAUCCGAAAUUGUUACCCUGUUUCAUCUGAAUGAUUGAAACGAUAUGCCUUUUUAAAAAGCACGCAACCAAACGUAUAGUCACUCAUAAAGCAACUUUAUCCGCUCAUCUGAGCACGAUUCAGUACUGCGGCGAAAUCAAGCAAGCCUAGUCAGCCUCUUAUGUUAUGAAAGAAGCACAGUCCUCGCGGGACACGAUUUAAUCCCUAUCAGAGACAACAUAGGGUAAACUGGUUGAUAACUGAGUGGUGUGAAUACAAGACAGUUUGUGGAGCAAAUCCACUUAUUUUCAAGAGGCUCUGCCCCUUGGUAUUCGGUAACCUCAUCCCAGGGAAUGGUCUAACUGACGCCACGAGGAGACAACUGGGAGUAUUCUUGCUAUUGUUUUCGGUUGUUGGUCGCAGGGGCACACGUGGAAGGUUAGAUGUUUCAUGGUUACCUUGUUAUGCGUAUCGUUUAGUGCAUUUAGGCCGAGGAAAAUACUUUCCUGACACUGACUUUAAGGAAUGAGAGGGCUCUGAAUAAGCGCAGAUCGUAUAAUUGGAAGUGACAAGUGGCUCGUUCGUCAAGAGAUCGAACAGCAGGCAUAGUAAUAAGGCAUAUCACACUUAAAAGACGAAAAUUAUUGAGCUGUUUAGCAACCUUAUCAAUCUUCCACUCAAAAGCAAAAGUAAGUGAUAACUUAAUGGUCAAUGCUCUGGAAAUUUAUAUCGCUGAAGUUUACUGUGUGUUAUACGUUUUCCUUGCAUUUCAUCACUGCCUCUAUCAAAUUUGCGAAUGACUCGACUGUUUGGAGUCUUAUUUUGUGAUCCGAUUUUUGUUAUUUCUUGAUUGCUUAAAAAGCGGAUGUGGCGGACUUGUUUGAGAUACAUAUCAUGACAUUUUAUUCAUAAUACAUUACUUGUCAAUCGGAACCGCUUAUAUGUUAAAAUACCGUCGUAAUUGCUAUAGCCGCCGCAUGAUGAGCUAAAUGGGUCACAAAUGAAAAAACAAACUAAUGCCCUCCAUGUGAAUAUUUUCUGACCUCAGGUUAAUUACAUUUACUUGAACAUUGGAGGGCUAAAGUUUCAAGGUAUAUUAUAGGUCGGCGAGUAUAGGAAUAACUGUUGAAACAAAAGCACCACAAGUGUUGUUUACAUCGUGUUACUGUGAUUACUGGAACUUAACCUAAAAUGCGCAGAUCAUAAAAAACAUUUGUUUUGGUUGUAGGUCAGUUCAUUUUAAAGAUUCUUGAAACAGAUACCUGUAAAAGCGCCUCAGUCAUAGCCGAAUGGAAAUUCAUAGUUUCUAAACGGGUUAUAGUGUAACACGGAUCAGUACUAUAUGUUUAUUGCACAGUAUGAUUUUCAUGUUUCUGGGGCGGGAGGGAAAUGGCGGUUCAGGUGUUUCAAUAAUCUCUUGAUAUAGAAAAUACAAGUGUGGAUAAGAGGGCUAUUGGUUCAAUAGGAACAGUGUAAAUCGUCCUAACUAAUGAUACGCAGUUGGGACUAGAAAUGUAUGCAGCAUUGUUUAAAACCCCUCAAUGACAAAGACUAGUAAUAUCCUAUAACAAGAUUAGUUGCAGAUAUCAAUUAAAUGGUUAUUUAAUAUAUCAUUUAGUACAGUGAAGAAUGAAAUUUUGAAAUAGAGCUAUGAAUCUUUACCAUCACUUGCUUCAAUUAUUUACAUUUACAAAGAGAGGUUCGUGAUUAAAAAAGUCAGUGAAUUAAUUAGCGAAAUGACAUUUUCUCUUUUUGCUGCUGUUGUUGUUUCAAGCAAUGGCACAUAAGCUGAAAGUGCUAUACGAAACAAAGCCCCGUCCUUGGACUAUUUAGUAGGAUAAUUAUCGACAAAUAUUUGGCACAAGUAAUGCAUUUAGAAACAAACUAUAUCUGACGUUGAUCGAUCGAUCAAUUUUUGACAUGCGCUUUUUAAUCAUUAGCACGACUGCCUAAAGGAACUGGUAUUGUAAUCCUUUGAUCCCUCUAUUGAAAAUGGAGCAUGCAGAUUUCGUCUCUUGUGCCGGAAACCUUUCUGAAAUCUGUGUAUACAUCGUACAGAUUAUAUUUAUGAAGAGAUUGUCGAAGAAUAUUUUCAUAAUGAAAAUCUCAUGAAGUUAUUCUCUUGAGGUAGUUUCCCUUUGUAGUCACUGGUAAACAAGUUUAAUUGCUCGCUAAACCUUUUGAAAAAUAUCGUCACCAUAACAGAAGACUCCUUUUCACUCCCUGUGAAUUCUUUUGUAGUGGCCGAAAUCCUAAUGGCUUUGGUGGUUUUUGCAAACAAAAAAAAUCAUUUAAUUCCAGAAUAAUUGAAAGUCAAUAAACCAUGGAUAUGCUCGUCCAUCUUAGCCGCACCGAUAGCCACUAGAUCGCAGAGUAUGUACGCUAUUUUUGGGUGAUUCAUUAUGGACUCGAAACAUUUAAUAAUAAAAAAUUGCUCUUUUUUUUGCAGAGUUAGGACCUACGUACUAAAGUGAAGCUAGAAGAAAAGGGAGUUAAAGAAAGGAAGAACCUCGACAGCACCAAUAUUCCCAGAAAAUGACAAAUUCCUCGUUAGAAAAUGAAGGUAAGGAAGCUUUUACCUUUUUAAGAAGCUACAUUUGUCAUUUUUAGAUGAAAUCCGAUUAAACUUGCUUAGCGUGACGAAACUUUAACUGAGAAUCUUUUACUAUGACCAACUGACAUGUGCAAGCGGGCAUUUCGUUUUACUUCACAUAAAAACUCCCUUCUUUUGCCAGCGACAUUAAAACACUAAAGUAGCUGAUGUAACUUAGACUUGUUUCAGACGAUGCAUGCAUAAGAAACAGAAUGACUGCUCAAUCUCAGCAAUCGAAAGUAUGACCAGUGAAUGAUCGAUGUCUUAAAGUAUGCUAUAUUUCAUCUCAUUAAAGGCUUACAAUAGCUGCCAAAAGAACUUUACGGAACUGAAAUUGCGUUCAUUCUUUACAUCUAUUUAAGUCUUCGAUGGGAGCUGCAAAUCUUUGAAAUGUCAAACUUUGUACUCAUGAGAUUCGGCUUGCUGAACUGGCCGAUUUUAAGUUUGUCACAACGACAAUGUCAAGAUAUUUUCAGAGUGAUAUAGACUGGUACGAAUUGGUCGUGAAGACUGAUUACUUUCAGCAUGGGGCCAUUGAUUCCCCCAUUUUGCAUCAGUAGGGAUAAGUCCCAACUUUAUAAAGUAAUAAAGCUUACUAGAUUCUCUAAUUAUCUCAACAAAUAUGUAUGAUGAAGCGAGUAUUGCUGUCAAAGCUUUCGUCGAUAAGUUCGCGUGCAUGACGUUUGCAAUAUUGAAACCAGGACUGACCAAAUGGACAUCACAGAAUAGCCUCAGGCUGAUAAAUGUAAUAUCAUUCACAUUUAUCCACGCCGAUUACUUACCAGCUACAGAGAUAAAAUAGUGACAAAUGAGCAAACGCAACGGCGUGUUGUGCUGCAGGGGGAUCGAAUUGUCUUUCGUAAGCAUGAAUACUAAGUGGGUCAGAGGUCGUUUCGGCCGCUAGAAAACUUCAAAGUGUAAUGAAAUCCCGCUUGCUAAGAACCUAAAAAGUCCCUUUGUGCGUUUUGUUUUAUUUACUCAUAAUUUUGGUGCUAAUGAUAACUAUUACUGCAGCCAUUAAUCUUCUCCUGUCUGUUUUCUAUUUUCUUUUCAAGAACUUUAAAGUAUAAGAAAUUAAAAAGAGACUCGAUGAGCACCGCGGGGUAGCUUGGCUUAGCCUGAAAGGUUUAAUAACGAGGUUCAGAGAAAAUUAUUCACUUUCUUACACAAAAAUGCUGAACUCUACAUUACAAUAGAGGUAGAAAUUAUGAACAUGAUAUCGAUAGCUGUAAUGCUCAUGAUUUUCAAUUAAGCGUGAAAUGUGUGCAUUCUGUGAAUGAUGAGAAGACAGUUCUAUAGUUUAUCAUGCUGAUAAUCUUCACUUGAUGAGCCGUUUCUCAGCUUCAGCUGAUACUAGCAAUCCACAAUUAAUCAUCAGUCUUACUCAUUCAAUGCGACCGUUGCGUUGAUAAGGAAGAUCGUGAUUGUAGCAAAUGAUUUAAAAAUUCCAAACAUUAAACCCUCGGGAUAAGAUCGCAGAAAGAGUUAAUAUAUCAUGCAGUUAUAACAGUUGACGAUAAAUCCCAAAAAGAAAGUAUAAGAGCAAAAAUUACCUCUGGAAUUUUCUUAUUUAGUCAAUACGAGUUUGUAUUCAGGGAUAUGGAUUGCCUAGCCUGAAGAUAUGGGUCAUAUUUUGCUUAUUGAAGGUUCAGCAUAGCAAUAUUAAUUAUCCAGUGGGUUAUAAUUAGCUUCAGAAGGUUUAGUUAACAUGCAUGCUUUUUUCAAUUUACGUCUAUGGCGUUUAAGGAAGAAAGAAAAUAAGCUUUUGUCGUAUGCCGAAAGUAAAGGACGACAGAUUUUAUUCUAAUCAUGCCUAAACACAGGUGGUUAAAACACUAUCAUUGGUGCCGUAUUCUAACGACCGCCAAAAUUGAGAGGAAAGAUCGUCCUCAAUCAAAACAACAUAAAGUUAGAACCAUCUGUUGUACAUGUCAUGUUUGACGAUUCCUAUUUGUCUUUUCUUUACCCUAUUAUGUGUGCGAUAUUAAUACACAAGCUGUGAUUUAUCAAAUUGUGACGAAUAGGCUGUGAUGAUGAGAGUGAAGCAGUAGAGUGCUCAAGCAAAUGAAUUGAUUGUCGUCGAACGCCAGUGACCACUCUUACAUUAGUAAAGUAAUUAUCUUUAGUGGGUAAGUGAACUAGGAGUGAAAUUCUUACAACAUUUGCUCGUUGCACAUACACACGAGUUCACUUGAUUCGGGGCAAGUUUUUUGUUGUUUCUUAAAAUAUUUCUCUUUAACAUGACGAUAGAAACUGAAACGACCUCAGUGCCAACUUGUAACAUUCUUUAGUUCAAGUACGAAUUGAAUGUCAAAUGUAACUUUAGACAUCUCUUAAACUGAUAAUAUCGGACGAACUCUACGUGGAAACGUACUGAGAAUUUUAGGGGGGAAAAUUUCUGCCGAGGGAAAAGGCUAUGCGGCGGUAUUGAAGUGAGUAUUUCUUCACCAUUUUAUUUAGGCCAAGGUGGUAAUUAAAAAUUAAGGACACCCAAUCGUUAAAUUUUUUCAAAUGGUCGCGUGUGAAUUAUAAUUAGCACGUUUCCUCAAGUCACGAAUAUAGCUCAAUAGGGUAUCACCUUUCGUCAGAACUACUCUGUUUCAGUUCUUAUCUUUCGUCGACAUCCUUAAAGUGACAUAGUAUGACAGGUUAGAACCUUUACGAAAGAGUAUAACGUUAUCGCUAUUUUUUAGAUCAAGGUUAUAAUGCAUAAUUAUUACAUACAUCUUAACGAAGUGUGGGGAAAUACGUCGUUUAGGUAGAAGUCAUUCUUGUUUGAAAAGUGGUUAUGAAAUAUGGCAUUAUUCUCACACCACGGAGAUAUUUUUCCUGAAGAUGGUUUAGAAGUAGGCGUUUUUAUACGUGAAGAAAUGAAAUACAAAAAGUUUUUAAAUCUACUGUUAUUGGACCCAUAGAGAAGUCACCUUUUACAUCUAAAAAGUAUCGUCUAAAUUUUUGUCAUACAAUGUAGUUCGAUAGUUUUGGUGUCGCAAAGUAAUCCACAGGAUCCAACUUGUUUUCCUCAAGCCUGUUUACUUUUAGGAACAAGCAAGGGAGAGAAUGUUUGAAAUUUGAACGUUAACUUCUGUUCAUUCCAAACGGAAACAACAUUUUAAAUCCUCACGGUGUAAGGAUGCAGGGGCAUCAUUGUCAAUCGUAGGCAUGUACCUUUUUUGUGUCUCUGGAAUAUACUCUAAUGUACCAAGUUUUUACUUUAUUCACUCUUCCGAGACAUUUUCAGAAAAGAAAAUCUCGCCAGUCUUAAUUACAUGUUCAGCUAAAUUGAACAUUAUUUGUCACAAAGUAGACUUUUGCGCUUGUCUGACUAACAAAUCUUCUCAGUUUCGAGCGUUUGGUCACCUGAACUAAUAUCUUUUAGGAUAUUUGGUGUGAAUUCUAACCUUAGAGGGUGAACAGUCAAUCAGAAAAAAAAACUUUAUAAAGUGUUGAUCUUCAAUUUCUGUUUUCAAAAUACAAUAUCCAUCAUAAGUAAGGUAACAUGGCGAUUGAUUCGUAACAAAUGUUAAUAUGGACGGCUACGUGCAUACUCUCACGUUCAUUUUAUUUGUUCAAAAAUACCCACAGCAUCGAUUCUCAGGUAACAUAUGACGCUUCGGUCGUGUCGAAUUAGGCAAUACCCUUGUUUGAGUUGCACAACAUAUCAAAAUAUAUCCUGCCCCGCUAAAGGAAGUUUUCAACAAAUCCUGACACGGAAAUACGUGAUGGUCUGCAGGAGGUAGGCCUAGAACAAAGAUCUUAAUCAUUUUUUCACCACUACGUGCAAGAAAAUAGACGCAGCAAUCGAUUGGCUGUCUCCACCAGAUAACUGACAAGUAAGCAAAAUUAAAGGUCGAUUUAAAUGUCGAUCCAUCAACACCUUUGUAUUUUGGGUUUUUUACGACAACAUGUGUGGACUUCAAAGGUUUUCCGAAAAUUGCACUCCAGUCAAGGGCGCACGUCAUGUAACUUUUUUACCCUAAAGCAGCAUGGUAACAGUAACAUCAAGGAAACUGAAGUGAAUUGUGGUCUAUGAUGAAAAAUAACUCUCGUGUUGUCGUCGUUCACUGCGAGUGACCACAAACCCAAUAGCACCGACUCGUUGCUAGUCGUAAAUGAUGAUUCCAAACUGAUUUAAAAAACAUAUGAUCUUCUCAGAAAGUUGUUGGGCUUACCUGGGUGCUGAACUAUACAAACUGACAAAAGGGAAAAAUAGGGAAAAAAUAGGGAAAAAAAUAGGGAAAAAAACAUAAUAAUUGAAAUUAUGGGCAGCUAUCAUAAUUUAUCCAAAGAUGUAUUUUUUUUUUCAUAUUUACUGGUGUCAGCAAAACCUUCUAUUAGGCUCAUCUUGAAUAAAAAACUUGAGACUUUGAAUUAUCAUAUGAAAAAAAUCUUAUCAUUCAUCUUUUCCAAUCCAAAAUUCACACUUUUCGCAGAUAAUUGAAAAGACCUGACAAAGACAAAGAUGACAAAUUCUGUAAGCUUUACGGCGCUUUGCGUAAUAUCGCGCUGAGCCAUCCGGCUAUGGAUAUAACUUCAUGACAGUGCGCUUAGCCCUGUCUAGUUCUCUAUCUCAGUAAUGGCGUGCCUACAUGCUUAGUCUAUAUACAAUGUAUGUAGGCACGAUGUGACGGCGUCACAUUAAAGUAAGCUCUAUAUGUAUGACAUGUCGUGACUUCUGGCGUGGCACUCUAUUUGUAUGGCGUUACCGUUUGCUCAGUCACACAAAUAUAUAUGUACUGGCGCUCUCGCAUUCUUGAUGAAUGUGGAAAACUUGAUAGAGGGAAUUUUUUAUGCAGAAUGGGUACCGGGAUCAUGCAGUAUAUCAAAGAGUCCAGACUCAUAUAUAAAAUUAAUACCCUAAACUGAUGCGUCCGGCAGGCAGAACGAGAGCCGUCUGGUUCUGGUUAGAGACAUUGGUAGCAAAUAGCUGAACAAGAAUCUUGAAAUUCAUCGAAAACAAUGCGAUCAACAGUCCUUCACGCCUUUCAAAUUCAUUACGAUAUGAUGCUCGAAUAAGCAGUCAUUUUGCUGUAGAACUACAAGUUCAUGAGUUACGGCAAUAUUCCCUACUGAACAAAAACGCGCGUAAUCUCGCCGAAUAAAACCCAACCGGUUCACACGUAGCCGCCAAUACCAUCCAAUUAAUUUUAGUACUGCAAGUAAAGUGUCGUAAGAACAAUGGACAAUUCUCAAUUAGAUGUUUGGUUAGCAAAUCAACCUUGAUUCUUUUCAAAAGCUUUAAAGUUGUUUUCUCAUUCGUUUUUAUGUUGGUUUUAUCGCAGGCAACGACACCGCUAUGGCAAUGUGCGAAGGCAGAGGGCAGGGGGAUUCUACAGUGUCAUUACAAGCAACCUUAACCCUACUGUAUGCAAUCAUCUUUCCCAUCGCUCUUUUGGGAAACUCGCUCGUUCUGUAUGUCGUAUUCAAAAGACAGAGCAUGAGGAACGUGUUGAACCUUCUAAUUGUCAAUAUGGCAGUUGCUGACCUUCUGGUAACGAUCUUCGUCAUACCUUGGUCUGUAUCCUAUCUCUUUGUGGGACUUCAAUGGUUUGGAGGAAUCUUUGGCAAGAUUCUCUGCAAGACGAUCCAUUUUUCUUUAACGACGUCGAUCGCAGCGUCAGUGAUCACACUUAUGGUUAUCACAUUGGAUAGAUUUCUGACCAUCGUGUUUGUUUGGAAAACUUGUCUUAACCUGAGAACUUCAAAAGCCUCUUUAGCUAUUAUCUGGAUUAUAUCGAUUGCCAUCAUGGGACAUUAUCUUAAAGUGUUCACGGUCGACCAACCACGAAAAAACAUGGGAGACGAAAACUAUUACUGUUACCCCAACUGGCAGACAAUGCCUGAUGACUUCGACAAAUACUUUAAUGUUGUUGCCUUUGCGGCGCUGUACGCGUUUCCCUUAAUUCUGAUGGCAAUUCUGUACUCCUUGAUUAUUCAUAAAUUAUGGAGCGAAAGAAUUGCAAGCGGAGGCGACUCAGAUAUUAAUAGCUCCAAGAAACGAGUGGUAAAGAUGCUGAUAACAGUAACACUUGCCUUUGCGGUGUGUUGGCUCCCUAUGCACAUCAUACACUAUUACAUACACUUUGAACUCGAGACAUAUACGUGCAUGUCAAGGUAUCUGAUUUUGCUGUCGUUCUGGCUUGGACAUGCCAAUAGCGCCAUCAAUCCAGUACUUUACGUGAUUUUCAAUAAGACCUUCCGCCGAGCGUUUCUACAUGCCUUGCACAUCCAGUCGUUCAACAGUAUCAACUUGAAGACUUCCAUUGUACGGGGAAGAUCAGACAGAAGGCCUUCAUCGCCCUUUACACCAACUAAGAGCUCUUUCAUAACCGGAAAUAAUAAUGAGGAAAGCCAUCCCCAUACUCCGCCUAUCUCACAUUCGCGAUCUCUUAAAGAGAUUUAUGCCUAUGGCAAACUGAUACAACGGAACGACAACUCUAAAUCAUCUAAUUCCUGCUCUGACGACGGCAAGACAAAUCGUCGCUCCAUAAUGGUUGUAAUGGACAGAAUGACAAGUGUCUGA